AUAUAUGGAAAUAUAUAUAAGCAACUAUUUCAGUGUAACUAAUUUCCUUUAUAAUCCUAUAAAACAUCAUUCUGAGAGUGUCCAUAGGCUUUAGCAGUAAGCCGAAGACCUCCAAAGAACUAAAGAAUCUCUACCUCUAUCUCUAUUUCUUUCUUUUUAAAGAAAUCAAAUUAAAUGUCAUUAAGACGGUAGAAAGCUGUUCUAGCUGGGGCAGCUAGCUGGUUCAGUGAUAGAGCACCAGCCCUGAAGUAAGGAGGACCUAAGUUCAAAUUUUGUCUCAGACACUUAACAUUUCCUAGUGACCCUGGGCAAGUCACUUAACCCCAAUUGCCUCAGCAAAAAAAAAAAAGAAAAAAGAAAGAAAGAUAAAGAAAAAAAAUUACAGAAAGCGUGUAAUAUGUUGCCAAAGAUAUAUUAUGCCAUCUCCAGCUCUUAACUGAACACAGAAUACUUGACCUGUUUUGAAAGGAACAAUUUAAUGACUGUCUACUGUUUUUCCUGGUAGUUUUAUCUUCCUGAGAUUUCUAUAAUUGGCCUGAUGAAUCCUUUGAUGAAAUGGACAGCACAUUAGCUGUUCAACAGUAUAUUCAACAGAACAUAAGGGCAGACUGCUCCAAUAUUGACAAAAUUCUUGAACCACCUGAAGGCCAAGAUGAAGGUGUAUGGAAAUAUGAACAUUUAAGGCAAUUCUGCCUAGAGCUAAAUGGACUUGCUGUCAAACUUCAGAGUGAGUGCCACCCAGAUACAUGUACUCAGAUGACAGCAACUGAACAAUGGAUUUUUCUUUGUGCAGCUCAUAAAACUCCAAAAGAGUGUCCUGCUAUAGACUACACUAGGCACACACUUGAUGGUGCUGCAUGUCUUCUGAAUAGCAAUAAAUAUUUCCCUAGCAGAGUUAGCAUAAAGGAGUCAUCUGUAGCCAAACUAGGAUCAGUAUGCCGUAGAAUUUACAGAAUAUUUUCACAUGCUUAUUUUCAUCAUCGGCAAAUAUUUGAUGAAUAUGAGAAUGAAACAUUUUUGUGUCAUCGAUUUACUAAAUUUGUGAUGAAAUAUAAUUUGAUGUCUAAGGAUAACCUGAUUGUACCAAUUUUGGAAGAGGAAGUGCAGAAUUCAGUGUCUGGGGAGAGUGAAGCAUGAUGGGAAUCAUACAUAAAAAUGUACCGAACACAUAAUUAACAUUAAUUAUGUACUGUAUAUAUCAUUUUAGACACUUCAAUCAUGUAUUCAUAUUAUAGCUUCUUUGUUUAGUAUAGUUUUGUAUGCUGUGUGUUGCCUUUUAAAAUGGGAAAGACUUUAAGUUAUUCAUGAGCUGUAUAUUCACCAGUGUGGCACUCAUGGUUUUUAAAUAAGAUUAGUAUUAUCUGUUUAUAAUGCCUGUUAAUAAAAAGAAAUUUACAAUUCUGUAAAAUUGCUGCUAAACAAUCGUUGAAUCACAAUCCUCAUCAAACAAAUCUAUCAGAAAAAGAUGAGUGAGCUUUAGGUUUCACAUAAGCCAUUUACUAAUGAAAUAGCAACAUUUUCCCUUAGUUUUUGUGUCCUAAAUUUAGAAUACUCUAGGAAAUUCCACAUAAUACAGUUCAGACUAAACUGUAGCUCUUUUUAAAAAAGCUGUUUCCAUGGUCUCCUUAUGAAUUUUGACAUACAUCUAUGAAGAUUAUGUGUAUAUCCAAAUGUAAAAGCAAGUGCAGUGUUAUUAAUGCUAUAAUAUUAACCUUACUCUGCUACACAAAGUAUAUUCUGGGCCAACAUACUUGAAAGCUGUAUGUUUUUCUAGAUUUACCUUUCUGUAAUAGUGGAUUAUAAGUUUUGCAUACAUCAUGGUAAUGAUGCUAAGGCAAAUAAAUGUUUCUCCCAAUGAAACCCCUUUCUUUCCUACCUCUUUCCCUCAAUCCCCUCACCAAAAAAUAUUUUUGAGGCUACCAUGAAUUAUUACUGCAAAGGCUUAUAUGCUUAUAUGUAUCUGUAUUGCCUACAGAUUAUACCUCAUGUUAACAUUCAUAUUACACUACAAGAAAAAUGUACUGACACACUUUUUCAUUUAUUUAUGUUUGGCAGAAUUAUUUUAACUAAAUAUUUGGAAACCUUUAGUCUUUAAAAUAGUUUGGAUAUUUCUAUGAGUAAUAUUAAUCUUUUUGUUCAUCUAGACAGUAUUUAGAUAUGGAUAGAAAAAUAUUGCCUUCUCCCCCUUCCAAAAAAUCUCAUAUUUGAAUUGUGUAUGCAUGUGAGAUUAUUUACAAUAAUUCCCAGGAUCCAUGAGUGCUACUUAAUGAUGUUGCGCUAGUGGACCUCUUUAAAAUGAAAUGCCUUAAGGAUAGAACUUCACAUUUGCUAAUUUGAGUGGUGUAACUGAAUAUAAUCUUUUAAAAAGCACUUGUCUUAUUUUUAUCAUAUUGUGUAGAAGCAUUAUACAAUAAUAUAGGAUUUAAGAGAGUACAAACAAUGAAGAAAAUCAAAAGACAGGCUUUUGGGCAGUUUUAAGUUCCCAGAAGAGAAAAAUAUUUUUUGAGUGUGGAAGGUAGGGUUGUUUGGAAAUAAAAGUGAAAUACAUUCAUUUUUGUAUCACCAUUUCUUCCCAACUUGAGGCUGAACUUUAUGAGAGUGUUAUAAAAUGUACAAUAAGGAAAUGUGGAAUAAUAUAAGGUAUAGAGAAUGUUUAGAAAUUUUUUUUAAUAUGCCUUUUGUUCAGAUGUAUUUGACUGACAGUAGUAUGUUCUACUAAUUAAGACAUUUUUCUAUGAAAAUAUUUUGCCCUACCUCUAGUUCUAUCUUUAAGGAUAUCUUAUUACAUACGUGAUAAAAAGAAAUUAGCUCUGAAAUUUUACAUUUCUUUUAAUCUCACUGUAAACCAACUGAAGUAGUAAAAUUGCUAAAUUUGGGAAGGAAGAAGUAUACUUCUAGUUAAUCAAUACAGUGUAGCUGUUUACCUUAGCAAGGCAUAUCCUAAUGAAUUUCUGUGGUUUUAUUCAUCUCUUGGUGACUAAAGCAAUGAUUAGGAGAGAUGACCUACUAACAUUUUUACUUAGUAUUUUCAAUAGUAUAACUCACUGCACUGUGGAAAUACCCAAGGCAUUUAUUCUAUCUUUCAUAUACUAUAUGUUUGGAGUUGAUUCUCAAAAAACCAAGUCCAAACAAAAUCCUGCAACAGUUUGUCUUGAUUUUGUAUUCAUAUUAACAUCUCAUUCAUAUAUGUUGUACUGUGAAGUUUAUUUAUUACACUAUGUAACCUGAGUAUAAAAGACCUAAGUGAAACAGUUCCUUUUUUUUCCCUUGAUGUUGUUUAUUGGAUCUAUCUAAAAAUGUAUGUGUAUUUAUGAGGUCUUUACUACAAGAGUUUAAAGAGCCUGGCAAACCCAUCAAUUUGUAUAGUAAGUAUUUUAAGAGGAAAAUUUGUGAACUUAAAGGCCCUGUAUGCUGGAAAGUUGGGUUCCAUUUUUAAUUAUGUUGUAAAGGUCAAGAGGUUAAAAUUAAAUUUCUUGCUUUCUAUGCUGGCGUAUUUGGCCUUGUGGCUCACUCUUCUCUUCAUCUUUUAGAUUGCCUGGGAUAGUAGAUGCUUCUUAUAAUUCAUUUUUCUAUAAAUGGCUCAUUCUAGUUCUAUGUGGUAUUUCUCCUUUUUCUUUUCUUUAGUUUAAGGUUUUGAUUUUAUGUGAGUGGUAGGUUCUCAGUUCUGUUCUAUGAGAUUUAUCUAAAUUUUGUUGUUUUUUCAGUCAUUUCUGACUCUUGGUAACUUCAUUUGGGGUUUUCUUGGCAGAGGGAAUAUUUUGCCAUUUCCUUUCCCAAUUCAUUUUACAAAUGAGGAAAUGAGGCAAACCAGGCUUAAGUGACUUGCCCAGAACAUACAGCUAGUAAAUGUCUAAAGUCAGAUUUGAACUUGUUUUCUUAACUCCAAGCCCAGCACUCUUAUCUUCUGAGCCACUUAACUACCCCUAAAUUCUGUAGAAACAAGAUUUAAGUGUAAUGAAACAUUGAUGGUAAGGAUUUAUUUUUACCUUUGAUUAAUUAAGUUUUUGGUUGGUUGGUUUGGUUUUUUAAAGACAAUAUUGGUCUUAAUGGUAUUUUAAGACACGUAAAAAGUUAUUCUUUUCAAUUUUUCGGUGGAUUUAGUUGUUAAGAACAAAAUGAUAGUUAACUCUUUUAAAAAAAAAAAAGUUAAUCAGAAGCCAUAACUUUUUUUAACUGACCUUGUUUUACCUUUACCCCCAGAUAUCUUCAAACCAGUGGGCAUAAUUGUAAGUUAGCAUUUAUUUGGUGGCUUUUCAUAACCAGAAUUUUGCAAAUGAUGGACAUUUGAGAUCUUUGAUAAUUGUGAAUGGUCCAUUGCCUGUUGGGAUAUCGAAUGUUCUCCCUAUGGUAAGAGCUGAGUUUAAGUAUAUAAAUUCCAGUUUUUAGAAAUACUUCAGUUUUACAACUGCUUGUUGCCACUGCAAGCUUAUUUUAUUUCUACAUAUAGUAUAAGCUUUAUGUUAGAAAUAUUAGAGUUGGCUUCCAUUUUUAAUAUGAAGCUAAUGGAUAGAUAAUCUGAGUGCACCUAUAUUUGUUUCAUUACUGUUGACCAGUUCAGUGAAUUUUGAAACAUGUCAGUGAGAACAUCAAAUUAAUUAACUGAACCAGUUACAUGAAUCAGUGUCCUGGCUAUAUUGUAAACAUAGUGUUACCAAUUAAAUCCACUAGGGGGUAUUCACUCCACAAAGUGGAAAUUAAUUUUUAAAAUUUAAGAGAGGGGUUCUUUCUGUACUUGGAACUAUUCAUCUUUUCUGCACUAUUUUAUUUAAGUGUCUUCUGUUUUUAUUUCUCCCUUAUGUACAAUGUUUUGUUUCAAUUACAAAAACAAAUAAUGGAGUUGGGUGAACAAAAGAUGAAAUUUUCAUAAGUAUCCUGAAUUCACAAGAGAGUACAAAUGCUAAGAUAUUAACACUAUAAUCUAAAUUUCUGGCCUUGGUUCUAAGAUUUGUCAAAAAUGUCAAUUUUCAAAACCAUUUCUGUUUUUAAAAACAUCAUAGAAUUUUACUCUUCCUUAAAUUUCUUUUACAAAUGGUAAGAACAUGUUUUUCCCACAAGCAAUAUUUUCUGAUAGUUGCUGCUUCCCUCUCUCUAAAGUCAAGGGUCAUAUAAGCAAUUUUUACUAUAACUUAUAACUUUUGAAAUAUUAUUUUUUUAAUAACAUUUGUGUGCUAGUAAGGGAUUUUUUGGAUUUAGCUUGUGGCCAUUGUGUGAGAUAAUGAUGGGACUUUUAAAAUGGGAAUGGCUUGUUUAUAGGAAUGUUUAUUAUCCUUUAAUUAUUGAUUUAAAGGAUUCUUCCUGUGUUGUGUUUGUUUCAUAGUUUAGUAGUAAUUAUGGUUUAAUUGGAUUUGUGAGACUUUCCAAGGAAGUAAAUUCACUUUUUCUUUGGUUUUAGAUGGCAGGUAUAGGUUCUCUGGAUUUUGAAGAUAGAUUGCUAUUUUUACCUCCCUUUUUUUAUCCCUAUUUAUCUUUCAAAAUCUGAAGUCAUUAUUUUAUUGUAGUAUUAAAAAAAUUAGCCUAUCUUUCAUUACUCUUGGAUUUGGUAAUUUUGGGUUGUGGUAAUAAAACCAAUUUGUAAACCACAUCUUUAUAGAAACAUAUGAAAUUUAUAAUAAUGAAUGCACAUUGUGCCUAAUAAUCUUGUAGGUGUUGCACUGGAAAUCCUACCUACCCAAGUCUUAAGGAGUUAGCAUUAACCCAUGGUGGUGCUGAUUUCUUGAACCAUGGGAAUAUCUUAGAGGCUGAAUUGCUGCUGCCAUCUUUUUCACCUUCUCUUUUUCCUGCUUGCUGCUUUUACACAGGGAUUGCCCCUAUUGCCUUCCUUCUGUCACAUUUGUAUUUAACCUAAAUCCUUCCUGUUCCAGUUAAUAAAAUGUCAUUUCAUUGGUGUAAGGAACUCCCAUUUAGGAGACACCCUCUAUUUGUACUAGUGCAGAUGAUUAUUUCUCUGCAAUUUACAAUCUUAAUAAAUCUCCAAGGCAUGCAAGUUUAAAGAAUUUGCUGAGUCACACAAGUACAUGAAAAGCAGAACUUGAACUCAAGUCUUCUGUAUUUCUAGACACUGGAUCACUUCCUCUUUUUGGUUCUGUUCCUGGUGGAGAUCAAGAAUAGUUGAUUAUCUUGCUUUUUUUACAUGGGUACCAUUAAUUCAUAUGAUCAUUAUUAAAUUCCUCCUUCUCAUAGUCCUCACCGAAUAAUUCUAUAGUCUUCAAAUUCUUGCCAUAAUUAUUACUUAGCAAAGUACUUGAUAAUCUUUGUACCUUUCUUAAAAGAUCCUCUCUCUUCUUCUUGUCUGUGGAUCCUUGAAAUGGACCCUGCUAUGGAAAGUACUAGCCAUUGUUGAUACCAGCACUUAUUUUUAUUAUAUAGUAUGCUCCUACCUAUGGCUCCCCAAAUCUUGCAUGUGGUUUUCCUGAGUUUCAUACAGGGGAUAGCUUAAAACUUUAAGCAUAUGCCCUUGUUUUUCUUAACUGUAAAAUAAGCAAGUUAAACUAGAUUUCCUAAGUCAAAGGAUUUAGAGUUGGAAGAAAAUAAAAGAUUUUCAUAAUUUUAUAGCUAAGGAAACUAUGAUCCAGAAUAUAAUAUUAAGUAGUAAUAUGUCCAAAGUAACAGAUAAGAUACAGAGCCAGUAUUUUAACUCAGGUCUUUUGACUCCAAAUCUAGUAUUCUCCUAUAUUAUUACCCCCUUAGUUCCUUUCUAACUUUAACAAUGUGAUUCAGUGACUGCUCUUUCUUGGGCACCAUGUAUUAAAUUCCAACAGGAAUUUUAAUUAGUGUUAACCAAACAUUAAUUUGCAGAUGGUCUCUUUCUGGGCAUAAUCUAGCUAACUGAUUCAUUCACUGAACUUCAGAGGGAGAUGGGGCAGAAACAGUAUCAGUAGCUGUAAAAACAUGUUGAAAAUUAACUGCAAUUAGAAUUUAUCUCUUAGGAUUAUUUAGAAGAUGCUGGGGGUGUUAAAAGAUACCAGUCACUUCCUGGACUAUAAAAGAAGUCUUUGAUGACACAAUAAUGUGAGUUUGAGGCUGACUUUCUUUGUGUCCCCAGCUGAUUGCUAUUUCUCUCCAGAUACUUAUCCAAUAAUAACUUCCAAAUGUAACCAGCGCUUAAUAUUUAAGCUAAUGACACACACACAUACAUACAUGUUUGUGUGGAUUAUAUAGGUUCCACAGAGAGGUAAUCCUAUAAGGUUUACAAAACACUUCUCAAAUUACCUUAUAAAGUUGAUAAGCUAGAUGAAUGUAUUUUUAUUUAAUGGAAAUACCAAGGCUCAAAAAAGUAACUUACUUUAGAUCAUAUAGACAGUACAAGAGAUGAAUUGAAAUUCAAACUAAAGUGUUUUGAUUCCCAAGUUUAGUUUCCUUUCUCUUAUAAGCUUUUUUUAAAAUUGUGAAUGUAAUCUUUAAGGAACAAAGUACAACCAAAAAAGAGCAUUAUAUAAUAAAUCAUGAACUCUUGUUAUAUACAGUUUUUCAAAGUGUAUAUUAAGUUUAACAGGAAUUUUUUAAAUCAAGUGUUCUUUCUACUGAAUCUUAAUACUUCCCUUAUAUGUUAUUGGAAGUUACUUUAAAAGACUAUCUGGUCUUUUUUUAGUAACAGCUCACAUUUAACAGCUUACAACAUGAUUUUCUCAAUAUAAGCCAAUAAGGUUAGUGCCCUUUAAGACCAUUGCACUCCAUUAUGGACAUAAGGGGUAUCACAUCAUGACAUAAUUUGGAGACAUUUUAUAAACAGUUCAUUGUAAUUCUGUUUUGUGUACCUUUAGCCAUGAUAAUGUGUAAAUGCAAUAAUGUCUUUUUACAUUGGAUGAAUAAGCUUUCUUUUUUUUAAUUGAAAAAUAUUUUGGUAUAUUUUGAUAUAUAGUUUAGGUUUUGACUUAAGCAAAUCAGGCAAGUUCCAAUUAGUCCAAUAAGUUAAGGAGCCACUGCCAUAGCAAAACUUUCCCAUUCACAAUAGAGAAGAGAGCUGAAAGAAUGUUCAUAGGGCUUUAAAAAAAUAUUCAUUUGAAAUAGCCCUACUCUUGGGAAGGAAUGAACUCCUGAUGUUGACUUGUCUUGAAUUUUUUAGAUGUGUUAUUUUUAAUAAAGUUGUGUUAGUGAUAGAGACACCUCAAACUGGGUAUAGUUUGAGGACAUGUACUAACUAUAUAAAACACAUAGUAUUAAUGAUCACUGUAAAUGAGAAUUUUGUUAACUUAUGUCCAACUCUGACUUCAUUUGGAGUUUUUAUGAUGAAGUUACUGGAGCAGUUUGCCAUUUUCAUUUUCAGCUCAUUUUUCAUAUGAGGAACUGAGGUAAACAGGGUUAAAUGUCUUUCACAGGGUCAUACAACUAAUAAGUGCCUAAGGCCAGAUUUGAAUACAUGAAGAGGAGUCUUUCUGAUUUCAAGUCCAUUGUGCUCUACAUGCCCAUUGAGAGAAGUAUUUCUACGCAAUUGUUCCUCAAAAUUCCAAUACUCAAAAUAUCCAUACUGCAGUCAGCCAAACUUGACAAUACUUCCUGGGAGUAUAACAUUUACAGAUUAUCUAUGAAUUUUUUUAGCCAUUGGAAAAUAUUUACUACAGUUGUGCUAUAAUGUAGUACACUAAAUAGUAGUAAUGUUUGUUGAUUUCCAAAGACCCUAAUUUACUCCCACGGAGUAGUUUAUUCUUUAUUAUGAUCUGAUUAUAAAUAUUCUUUUCCUGCCUUAAAAUUCUAAAUGAAAAAUAGACUGGCUCUAAAUUUCCAGCCUGCACUUACUUGCCAUUAGCCAGUUUAUAAGGAUGCCAGAGUCUUCAUAAUACAUUGAUUCUUUAUCAGAGCUUCCUCAGGAGAUUCAUAUUAACCUGAUGGAAACCCCUUGAGUGGGAUCAAAUAUGUUUAUUUAAACUAGUGCUUACUACUGUAGUUGUCAUCAUUUGGUACUUCCCUCCUGCUCUCAAGUCUCAGGAGAAACAUUGAGUAGUGUAGAUGAAAAACAAAGAGCUGAAAUUGUCACACUCAAAAUUAUGCAGAAAACAUUUUUUAAGAGGUUGAAAAAUGAAUUUUUAAAAAUAAAAAAUAUUUCAAAGGAAUUUGGGAAAUUUGGUUAAAUUGAUACUUCAGGCUUUUGCUGGCCUCUAAGGAAACCUAUGACUUGAAGUGGACUAAAAUUUAAUCUGCAAGAUUAUUCCAGAUUGAACAGCAUUUGAGGGAUGUGUAGUUUUGUGAUCAUGGGUACUGUCUAUUGAGACAGUUUGUAACCCCCUCCACACUUCGAUAGAUUGUCUUUGUGAAUUGCUGUAGCCAAAGCAAUUUAUCACCUAGUAAUCAACCUGUCUGUGAGUUCCUUCAUAUGUGUCUUCAGAUGCUUGACACAUGCUUUGCAUUUUGGUAUGUAUGACUUGGCAGAAUUUGGCUGGCCCCAGUAUUUUUGUGUCUCUUAACCAGGAUGCAUCAGAGGAGCACUUUAGUGGAGGAAACUGAGCAAUGUCAAAAACACGAAGGGAUUAAGAGCUGUAAGAGAUCUUCCAAGAGAUAAUUUAGUUUAAACUUCUCAUGUUAAAGAUGAGGAUACCAGACCAGACACCUUAAAUGAGUUAUGCAAUGUCACACAAGAUAUUAAGUAGCAGAUUUAAGGUAAUAGAAAAAAAAAUUAAAUGCCUUUCAAAAGCAUUAUUAGAAGCAUCCUUAUAGUAUAUAUUAUUUUAUACAGUAUUAUUGUUGGUACCCUUUAAAACAAGUCUUUGUUUGGAUAAAAUCACAUUUCAUAUACUUUUGUCAGGAAAGAUGAAUGAGGCAUUUUUAAAGUUAAAAUUUUAUCAAUAAUAAUAAUAAUAACAGCAUUUUUAAAAUGACCCUUUAAGGUUUGAAAAGUGUUUUACAAAUAUGUUUAUCCCUACAACAAAUUGGGAGGUAGAUUCUAUUAUGUCUAUUUUACAGAUGAACAACUUGAGACAACACAAGUUAGUGACUUGCCCAAGGUUGCAUAGUAAAAGUCUGAGGCUGAAUUUGAAUUUAGGUUUUUCUGAUUCAUUUUCUAGCAAUCUGCCAGUUUCUUCUACCUUGGGAAGGAAGAAAACCCUUUUAACAAAUUGAUGUAGUCAAAAAAAAAUUCCUAUGUUGACCUUGUCCUAAAUGAAAUGUCUGUCUCAUUUUGCAUAUAUUUGGUCCAUUAUCUCUUUGUUGGUACUGGUUUAAUAUUCUUUUAUCACCAGUCCUUUAGAAUCAGGCUUAUUUCAUUGAUCAAAGUUCUUAAAUCUUUCAAAGUCUUACAAUAUUAUGUAACAAUUAUUUUCCUGUUGUUCACUCUGCAUGAGUUCAUAUAUAAGUCUUCCCAGGUUUCUCUAAAAGUGUUCCUUUCCUCAUUUCUUACAGCACAAUAAUAUACCACAAUUUAUUUAGCCAUUGUUCCACUUGCUUUCCAGAGUAGUUUUCCAGAAUGGCAAUAUCAGUUCACAGCUUCAACAACAAUGGAUUAAUAUAUUUGUUUUCCCAUGGUCCCGCCAACAUACUAUUUUUUUUUUUUUUUUGUCAACUUUACCAAUCUGUUAGGCAUGAGAUAGAACUGGAAUAAAUAUUUUGAAACCCUCCCCUCUCCACCCCCCCCCCCCAAAUGUAAAACUUGGGAAAUUUUGUAUGAACUGACGAAGAGUGAAGUGAGCAGUGCCAGGGGAACAAUUUACCCAUUGACUACAAUAAUAUAAAAGAAAAUGAUUUUGAAAAACUUCAGAAUUCUAAUGAAUGCAGCAAUGAAUUUUGACUUGGGGAUAUAUGGUGAAGUCUGCUUCCCAAGUCUCAGCAAUGAGAUUCUGAACUAGAGACACACAUUGAUGCAUAUGUUUUUAGAUAUGGCCAAUGUGUCAAGUACUAUUGUUUUAUCACAUUUAUUAUAUUAUACAAGAGAAGGUCCUAUUGGGAAGGAAAAUAAAGUUGCUGGAAAUAGACAAUGACAAAAAAAAGCAUCAAUAAAACAUUUCUAUAAAUAUCUAAAGAUCACAGAGGCAAAAUAGGAAAGUAGUUUAAAAAAAUUUUUUUGGUGAUGCCCUUUUGUUUUUAUGUCAAAGCUAUUUUUAAGAAUACCUUUUCCUAACCUAAAUGACCCCUCUCAAGUUUAAAAAAACAAAACAAAACAGUGAAAACCAACAGAUAAGGUUUAGUAUGUGUAAUAUACUGUUAGUUCCUAUCCUCUCUGUCAAAGGGAGGGUAGUGAGUAGGAAAUGCAUUUUUGAAAGUAGCUUGGGCUAUGUCAGCCAUGAUUUCUUGGGAAUCAGGAUUUAGAACACUUAAAUAGUUUUAAAUUUGUUUUCCCAUAUGUGAAAUCAUGCUAAAAAUGCCAGGCAAGAAAAAAGAUUUUACUUGUAGGUUUUAAUUGCUCCUUGGAUAGUACUUUGUACACUUGGAUGAAUAUACCCUAAAAUGUAUAGAUUGCAUUGUAAAGUCAUUGUAAUAUACUGUAUAGGUAGAACCCUGUUUUUAAAAAUUUCAUUGUGACAUUCAGUCUAACACAAAAAAACCUAUUUUUCCAGUUCUGGCUACUAUUCAGAAUAACUCUUUAAUCAUGUGGAUACAAGAAAUUCUGAUGUUAACUUCCUUAAAGCUAAAUUUAUCCACAAAACAUAUUCACUUAACAAUCAGCCUAUUUAAUGAUGAUUUUGUCUUUCAGUGCUGAAUUAAUGUAAAGUAACUAUUUUGAAUACAUCAUUCAAUAUGUACAGUGUUCAAUAUGUGUUUUUAAAAAAUAAAGCUGGACUUUUUUUUAGAA